AUGAAGGCUGUAAUGGCACAACUGUCAUCCCAGAUUUCAGGAGCAGUCUCCACCCUCAUGGACAGACAAGCACAAACUGACAGAAGGAUAGAUGCUAAUCAAGAGGAAUACAGGUCAAAUCUGAAAAAUCAAGGCACAGCAAUCUCAAAGUUGGAAGCACAAGUGGGAAUUUUGUCCAAGCAAAUCCCACUUCCCACACACACCUUUCCCAGUGAUACCAUGGCUAACCCAAGAGGGGAAUGCAAAGCCAUAACUCUAAGAAGUGGGAAGGUUGUAGAGGAAGGAACCCCAAGCAAAGAUAAUCAUGAAGAGGUUGCAUCAAAGCCUGGGAACGAGGAUGAAGGGGAGAUCCCAGCUUCACCUCCACCAAAACCAGUCUUGAAGCCCUAUGUGCCAAAGGCACCAUACCCACAAAGACUGAGAAAAGAUGGGAAGGAUGGCCAGUUCUCUAAGUUCCUAGAGAUCUUCAAGAGGCUCCAAAUUAACAUACCGUUUGCUGAGGUAUUAGAACAAAUGCCACACUAUGCCAAGUUCUUAAAGGAGCUUAUAGCCAAAAAAAGGAACUGGGAGGCAAAAGAAACCACAGUAUUGACUGAGGAAUGCAGCGCCAUCAUACAGAAGAAGCUGCCUCAAAAGCUGAAAGACCCAGGGAGUUUUCAAAUCCCCUGCAUCAUAGGGGACAUCACUAUUGAGAAAGCUUUGUUGGAAGACUUGCUAGUGAAAGUAGGAGAAUUUAUUUUUCCUAUUGAUUUUAUUGUGUUGGACAUGGAAGAAGAGGCCAACACAUCAAUUAUCCUAGGAAGACCAUUUCUAGCUACCACUGGAGCCAUCAUUGAUGUGCAGAAAAAGGAACUAGUCUUGAGAUUGUAUGAAGAGAAAAUGGUCUUCAACGUCUUUAAAGCAAUGAGUUACCCCAAAGAAUCCAUAGGAGAAUGCAUGCUGGUAGACACCACGAAACAGAUAGUUCAAGAAGUCAUGGAAAAAGAACAAUGUGGAGAAAGCAUUGAGCUGGAACAAGCACCAGAUGGAGAACUACCACAAGCAACCAUGAGGAACUCAAUCAUGCCAACUACCACAGACAACAAAGAUGCAGAGUCACCAAAACUAGAGCUGAAAGCCCUACCACCCAGCUUGAAAUAUGCAUAUCUGGGUGCUAACAACACUCACCCAGUAAUCAUAAAUUCAAGUCUGAGUAAGAAAUAA